AUGCAGAUUGACCCUGAGGCCAUGAAGCGGGGUGGGGCUGUGGCGGCGCUGUGGCGGCGCUACCAUGGCCACGCCACGCCACUAGCGCGCUCUUAUCCAGGUCGCCGCCCCCCCCAACCUCUUUUUCUGGACGCCCAUGGCCUGAUUUCUGUCCCAAGAGGCGUCUUGGUCCUCGCCUUUGUCCGGGCCAAAACCACGGUGGUGGCCGUCGUUGACAGGUGCUCCCAUUCCUGGGAAUCGCAUCGAGCGGAUUCAAGUCCCCGCCUCAAGCGCAUGAAUCUGACGUUCCGUCACCAGCCAGAGUCGUGCACCAGGCGGACACGCGCCGGACCACCGUGGCCACCCACCGUCCAAGGGAUGCUCGGCACCGUUGGAGAUCAACGGCACAUUACGCCAAAUGAGGGCUUACCGGCAUCAGAAUCAGCAGAAAGAGAUGGAUGGAUCUAUUCGACCGCCGGUCUCCACACGGCCACACACGCUUUUGACCAAGUCGAGUUUCCAGCCUUACUUCAACCCUGGCUGGAUACCGAACAGGCACGCCAGGAUUUCAAGACGCACGCGGUGACGGAUGAGCUCAAACUCAAGACCCUUGGCCCCCUUGGCCCCCUCCCCCCUCCCUGCUGA